UAUAGUCACUUUGGAAUAACCGGAGAACGUAGCAAUGGUGCGGGAUCCACGACGCAGAACUUAGUCAAAGUUUACAGCAUGAAUGCAAUAUACAGAAAAUAAAGUUCUAUCCACAGUUUUUCACUUAAAUUUUAUAUAAUGGAAGACUCAGAUGCAAUAACCAGUAAUUCUGCAAUCAGUGUAGACAUUAUAGAAAAUUGCUCAAAGAAAAGAUUCAAUGAUGAAAUUCAACCCAACAGAAAACCAUGUAUUUUGAGAGAUAUUGAUAUAGGUUUAUGCAAAACAAAAUGGACUGUCGACUAUCUUUGUCAAAAUGGUGGUGAUAUACCUGUGAAAAUUCAUGUCAGUAAGACACCUCAGAUGAAUUUCAUAACUAAAAAUUAUGCAUAUAAAACCUUGCCUUUCAAAGAACUCGUUAGACGGGCUGCUGAAAAUAAACAUGAGGAAUAUUUCAUCUCAGAUAAUGAGUAUUACUAUCUCCGAUCGCUUGGUACUGAUGUGAGGAAAGACGUGGCAGAUGUAAAAAAACAAUUCCCUCAACUCGCAGAUGAUAUAUUAAUUCCGAAUUUUUUCCCAGAAGACUCAUUUUUUUCCAGUGUUUUCCGUAUUGCAUCUGAAAAACUUCAACUAUGGACUCAUUAUGAUAUGAUGGACAAUUUAUUAAUUCAAGUUAAAGGGCGAAAAAGGGUUGUUCUAUUUCCACCAACGGAUGUUGAAAAUCUAUAUCUUCAAGGUGACAAGUCAGAAAUAAUGGACAUUUUCACGCCAGAUUUGUCGAAAUAUCCACUUUUUGCAAAAGUAAAACGUUAUGAAGCAUUUUUAGAACCGGGUGAUUUAUUAUUCAUUCCUGCCUUGUGGUUUCAUAACGUUGUGGCACUGGAAUUUGGAAUCGCUGUAAAUGUAUUUUGGAAAAAUCUUUCACCCCAUACACUUUAUGACAAGAAAGAUCCUUAUGGUAACAAAGAUCUAAUUCCCGCUGCACGAGCGCUGGACUCAAUCAAACAUGCGAUAAAAGUAAUCGGUGGGCUACCUGCAGAUUAUAAAGACUUUUAUGGCCGUAGAAUGGCAGAAUUAAUUAGGUCUAAAACUUACAUACAGAAUUGAUAGAACAAGAAUUAAAUAAAUUACAGCCAAUCUUAUUCUUUUUAGUUUAAUGAAUUCGUUAGUUUCAUUUGUCAAUUAAAACUUGAAAUAGAUUUUUAUUGCUGAUUGAUUAUCGAAAAUUCAUUUUUAUUUUUUUUAUCAAUUCUAUUUAAAAGAUAAUCAUUGAGAAUUAUGUUAAUUACAAUAAGUGAUUUAUUUUGGUUCAGUUUUGAUGUAUACUAUUAAUGGUAUUUAAGAAUGAAGAUUUAUAGAAGGAUAUUUGAAUAGAAAUAAUAUUUGGUUUUAACUGAUUUCAAACCAUCGUGACAUAUAAUAGACUCAAGUUUCGCCCCAUUAUAAUUACAUUUUCAAUCAUAGGAAAUUCUAUUUGUAUGGCCAAAACUAAUUAUUUUUGAUUGAGUUUUUUUAUCAUGCUUUUAGUUAAAAAUUAACAAUUAAUUCUAAUCUAGUGAUGAUUUUUUGAUCACAG